AUGGCUUCGGACCCGAAGCGAGAGAAGAUCGGUGACCGGCCAUCCUCGGACCGGUCCGAGGCUGAGUUCGCUCACAUGGAUCACCCCGGACGAGCCUCCGAGGCCACAGCCGUUGAUAAGGAAGAGCAGAAACGGCUAGAGGCUUCUCAAAAGCUGGAGAACCCUCUUGGUGGCUUUACUCCUGAGCAACUUGGUCGUAUGGGUGAAGAGUACUGCGAGAAGCAUGGCAUCACAGACGAGGCGGACGUGAGAGCGUUCCGCCUUGGCGCCAUGAUCGCUGGAAACAUGAACAAGUACGACACGAUGAGAGACCUGACUGCCCAAGAGCGGGCUGUUCUUGACGGGGAGACUACUCAUAAAUGGCGUAACCCAAAGAUGCUCUACGCUGUUGUUGCGAUCUGUUCUUUCUGUGCUGUUGUCCAGGGUAUGGACGAAACAGUCGUCAAUGGUGCUCAAUCUUUCUACAAGAAGCAGUUUGGGAUUGGCGGCGAGACUGAGCGAGACACCUGGCUACUUGGUCUCGUAAAUUCAGCACCGUACCUCUGCUGUGCCUUCAUCGGCUGUUGGCUUACAGAGCCCAUGAACAAGGCUUUCGGACGUCGAGGAACCGUAUUCAUUUCAUGUGCCAUUAGCGCAGUCACUUGCUUCGGUCAAGCGUUCGCCAACUCCUGGUACACCAUGUUCAUCGCACGUUUUCUGCUUGGCCUGGGUAUCGGACCAAAGUCAGCCACCACGCCCAUCUUCGCCGCCGAGACAGCUCCAAAGUCGAUCAGGGGAGCACUCACCAUGCAGUGGCAGCUGUGGACAGCUGUAGGUAUUGCCGGAGGAUACGUUGCCGAUUUGGCCUUAUACUAUGUCCCAGACCGAAGCGGCAUUACCGGACUGAACUGGAGGUUGAUGAUGGGUUCAGCUGGAGUCCCGGCAGUCAUUGUAUGCGCGUGUUGCUACCUCAUCCCGGAAUCUCCCCGAUGGUACAUCUCAAAGGACCGCCACGUUGACGCAUACAAAUCAAUGUGCCAGCUCAGAUUCGAAAAGGUCCAGGCCGCCAGAGAUCUCUUUUACGCCAACGCCCUACUUGAAGCGGAGAGAGAAACACAAGCCAUUGGAAAGUCUAACCGUAUUCUCGAACUAUUCACCCGAAUACGCAAUAGAAACGCCAUGACGGCGUCGCAAAUUGUUAUGUUCAUGCAGCAGUUUUACUUGAAGGAAGGUAUGAUGAUAUUCCUAUGA